AUGCCUCGCGACGGAUCAGGAGCUGGCGACAACGCUGUUGAAGCUGGCGAGACAUCGAUCCACGGUGCUGGUGAUGCACCAGAGGACGGUGCAUCCGCUUCCGGCGUCGACCGCUCGAACAAGGCUGCGCCUCCGCCAGAAGAGGAGAAGGGUGACGCCUUGGAGGGCAUGAACGCAUCAGGCGGAGGUAGCUCAGGCAUUGAUGGUGGCAGCGGCAAGGGCCCUGCCGUACCCCAGGCAGACAAGGAGGCUUCGAAGCAGUAG